CCAUUCAAUAAUAAUUCCAACUGGGCAACCGGAGAAUAUCAGAUUUUGGGUUACAAAUUCUUUUAGCUAACAUCAGCUUCAAUCCAAGUUCUUCUCUUGGUUUGCCUUUCCUGGUUAAAAGAACAACAUGGCUACUAAAUCCAAAUCUGGUUUAUCUGAAACUCCUACCAAGGUUUCACCAGCUACUGCAAGAGUGGCUAGUAAACUAAGCAGGGGUCUGGCUGCUAAACCAGAUCCUGGUUCACCUUCUCACUUGCAAGGUACACGCCAUUCCGUCGAUCGAUCCCCACGAUCAUCACUUAACUCGAAGCCGACGAUUGAUCGAGGAUCGCCGAAGGUUGAUCCGGAACGUGGUUCGCCCUCUCCCUUGCGAGGUACUCGCCAUUUGGUUGAUCGGUCUCCUCGAUCAUCACCUCUUAACUCGAAGCUGGCAAUUGAUCGGAGGCCGCCAAAGGUUGAGCCGGAACGUGGUUUACCCUCUCCCUUGCAAGGUACUCGCCAUUCUGUCGACCCAUCCCCACGAUCAUCGUCUCUUAACUCGAAGCCAUCGAUUGAUCGGGGAUCACCAAGGCUUGCUACGCCAUCCGAAAAAUCACAAACACGGAUUGGUAAGGGAUCGGAAUUGCAGGCUCAAUUGAACUCAGUGCAGGAUGAUCUAAAGAAGAGGAAGGAGCAAAUAUCACUGAUCGAGAAAGAGAAGGCACAAGCAAUCGAUGAACUGAAAGAAGCACGGAAAGCAGCCGAUGAAGCACACGAAAAGCUUCGAGAGGCUUUAGUUGGGCAAAAGCGAGCCGAAGAGAGCUUAGAGAUCGAGAAAUUCCGGUCCGUCGAGUUGGAAGAGGCUGGAAUCGAAGCUGCUCACAUGAAAGAUAAAGAAUGGCUCAAUGAAAUCAGAUCCAUAAGGAAGAAGCAUGCUUCGGAUGCAGCCGCCCUUUGCUCUACGAUUGAGGAGCUCGAAAGGGUGAAGCAAGAGCUAGCCAUGGUUUGCGAUGCAAAGAACCAGGCUCUGAACCAUGCCAAUGAUGCAACCAAGAUUGCCGAAAUCCAUGCCGAGGAGGUCGAGUUUCUUUCAGCUGAAUUGGCUCAGUUGAAGUCCUUGAUUGAUUCGGAGAGCGAAAAAGAGACUAAUGAAAACAAGGAGAUGGUGAUCAAGUGUAAGCAAGAGAUCCAGUCAUUGAAACAACAACUCGAGGAAGCAAUGGCCUAUGAGGAGAUGCUAAUCGAAAAGGAGGCCUUCAUCGAACAACUUAAUGUCGAGCUAGAAGCUGCAAGAAUAGCCGAAUCGUAUGCACUCAAUAUAGUAGAAGAAUGGAAGAAAAGGUUCAAGGAACUACAAAUGCGGCUUGCAGAAGAAAAGAAGCUCGAAAGAUCUGCAUCCGAAUCUCUCGACUCGGUCAUGGAGCAACUAGAGAACAACGACAAGUCGUUGCUCAAUGCAAAAUCCGAAAUCACAGCUCUUAAAGAGAAGGUGGGGUUCCUGGAAGUGACAAUAAGUAAACAAAUAGGCGACCUUGUGGAAUCAGAACAAUACAUCAAUAUAGCCAAGGAAGAAACUAGCGAAGUGACAAAAUUAGUCGAGUCUAUGAAAUUCGAGUUAGAAACUGCAAAGGAAGAAAAGACCCGAGCUUUAAAUAACGAAAAGCUAGCGGCUUCCAGUGUUCAAACUCUUUUAGAAGAGAAAACCAAACUGAUCGGCGAGUUGGAGAAUUCCAGGGAUGAGAUGGAGAAGAACAAGAAAGCAAUGGAAAGCUUAGCUUCAGCCUUGAAUCAAGUUUCUGCAGAAGCAAGGGAGGCGAAGGAGAAGCUUUUAUCAAGUGAAAAAGAGCAUGUAAAUUACGAGGCCAAGCUAGAGGCUCUAAGAUCGGUCCUGAAAGCAACAAAGGAGAAGUAUGAAACAAUGCUAGACGAUGCGCAGAAAGAGAUUGAUCUUCUUACGAGUGCCUUCGAACAGUCGAAGAACGAAUACCCGAAUUCCAGAACCGAGUGGGAACGAAAAGACGAAAACUAUUCUCGGGAAAAAGAGAUCAGUAGGCUGGUGAAUUUGCUGAAACAAUCCGAGGAAGAAGCUUCUGCAUUCAAGGAGGAAGAAGCUCAGUUGAAGGAGAGCCUAGAGGAGGUUGAAUCUGAGGUGAUUUAUCUGCAAGAAGCUCUGAGGGAAGUCCAGACCGAGAGCAGAGAAUUGAAGACAAGUUUGUUGCAUAAAGAAACCGAGCUGCAGAGUGUCGUUCGAGAAAACGAGGAACUCCAUGCUAGGGAAGCUGCUUCUCUUAAGAAAGCUGAGGAGUUGUCUAAGUUGUUAGAAGAAGCUACGAUGAAAAGGCAAAGAGAUGAGCCAUCGAACUGCGAAAAGGACUAUAACUUGCAGCCUAAGGCAGCGGUCCAAGUGUCGAAAGAAAAUCGACAUGGACGUGAAGAGAACCCCAAGUUCGAGCUCCCAUCGGAACAGCACCUGGAGGUAAAUGAAGGCGGUGCCAAAGUGGAGAAUGUGGAUGGACAACAAGUGAAGGAAGCUGAGACAAAACACAACAAAGAUGAUUCGAGAAAGGUUGAAUUCAACAUGAACGAGAGCUGCAAGAUUGAAAACAAGGAAUUUUCCCGGGAAAGAGAACCUGAGCAAAAAGCCCUUGUGCAGGAAAUGGAAGUUAGUAAAGGCCUGAUCAAUGGCAGAAAAUCGGCGUCGAAGAAGAAGGGGCAACAGAAGAAGAAGAAUGCUUUACUCAGUAAAUUCGUGAGCCUACUGAAGAAGGGAAGUAACAACCAGAAGUAGAAAAUGAAAUCCCAGCAGUCAUGUAAUAUGUUUAUUUCAACUUCUUUUGCUUGUAAUGUCCUCAAUAGGCUUGUUUAAAGAAAAUGAAUUAAGUUUGAUUCUCCA